AUGUCAAACCAGGUGCCAAAGAGACAAGAGCGAUGUACUGUCGCCAGUCAACCCCAUUUUGAACUUUCUUCAAACAAACAGAAUGGAUAUGCUGGACUAGAGAUGACCUCCAAGAUGGCAACCGUUCGAAAGAACAAGGAAGGAUUCGCUCCAAGACAAGUCAAGGCUGCGAUGGAAGCGAGAAGUGCAAUGCACAUACUCAAUGCUCCAAGCACCAAAAGUCUGAAGUAUGCGAUCCAAUCUGGUCUCAUCAAGAACUGUCCUAUCACCGAAGAAGCGAUCAAUCAUGCCAAAGCAAUCUUUUGA